AUGGCUCCCAAACGACCACUUGGUUUGGGCAAAGCGGCGAAGGCGAAAAAACACAAGGCGGGGGCUGAAAACGGAAGUGCUCUGGAAAACAACGGCACCUCUUCGGAUGUUGCUGUGGCGAGUGAGUUGCCCAAGGAAAAGUCUCCAGAAAAUAGCACUGAGGGCGCUGACGAGUUGACGGUGGAGUUGGGUGCUGAAAUAGAUGCUAACGACGCCGUGGGCCAGUUGGCGGCGUUGUGGAGAACGUACUUUGUCUCUGAGGAAAAGAAAGAGCUUGUGCUUAAUGGAAUCAUUCAUGAGUGCGAUCGUAUUUUAAGAAAAGCGAAUCUGGAGCAAAGGUCAGAUAGCGAUGAGGAGAACGUUGAUAUCACGGGUCGGUUUUAUGCAAUUUACGCGUUGGCGUUGUCGAACUUGGCGUUCUUUCACACUGAAGAAAGAGAGAAGGUGGAUGCAUUUUUCACCGAGGCGAUGGAGAGAAUUACACGUGGAGAAGAGCUUUUCCCAGACUCUGUAGAUUUGCUUUUUGCCAAAGCACGUAUCAUGAUUAACAAAAUCGCCUUGACGGUGAUUUCUCGUUUGGACAAGGAAAGCAGAGUUUCCAAUAAGGUGCCUAACGGUGCGCAGCUCCUCGAUGAGUGUCUAGCUCAGUGGGAAAAGGCCGAGGCGUUGACUGCCAAGCUUCAAAAAUAUGACUACUACAACAUUGAGAGUUUGGACUUCCUUCAAGCCUUGGACGACCUUUUGGACGUUGUGGACAAUUUUGGCCACGAUCGUCUCGAGGGGGAAGAUAGCGAUGCCGAUGAAGAAGACGAGGAUGAUGUCAAAUUGGACGAAAACCAUGCGUUGUUUUCCAUUAGAAACACAGACAAGUACAACAAAUGGUGGAGAGACCAUCUGAUCAUAUUCUUGGAAAAUUUGGACAAGCGCCUAGCUGGAGAAGACAGAAAGAGCAAAAACCACCCCUUGACCACAUUGCGCCGUGAGUUGUGCAAGCGUCUAGGCCAGUCUUACUUGAUGGAGGCCGAGGUUCCAUCCAACGUGUUCACCACGUUAACUUACUAUGCUAAAGACAAGUCUGAAAUAAAUGGUCUCACGAAGGAGCAGGCUCAAAAAGCCAGUCAGGAGUUGUUUUCAAACGCUUUAAGGUACCUAAAGGACUCUCAAGAUGAUGACGAGCCCGAAACUUGGGUCAAUGUUGCCGAGGCGAUGAUCUCGUUGGGCAACGUUCACGACCUCGACAGCCCAGAGCAGGAAAAAGCAUACAAAGAGGCAGAAGAAAUUUUGACGAAGGCGAACAACGCCACCAACGGUAAGUUUGAUGAUAUCUUGCACAAUUUGUUGCAGAACCAAUAG